AUGUCAUCCUUUUUAGACAGAUGGUUAUACCGUAUGAGGGGAACCUCCAACACCGGUAGCUACUACUCAACACCGCAAUUAUCAACUAGAAGCUCAGGAUUUCCUGACGAUGAUCCCCAGACCACUACUCCGAAUCUGAGGAAUACUCCGAGAGCAUACUUUCAUCCUGUGAUUCCAGGUGAUCCACUUACGGAAGAGGAAAGUUUGAAGAUGAAGAAGUCCUCGGUGGACAGCAGAAAAUCAUCAGUCGUCAGUGCCAGUUCCGAGGAGAAUGAAUGA